GAAUGUCGUUUUUGCUUCCCAGAAUAUCGGACUUACUGUUUAUACAAAAUGCAGGUAAGACGGAUGUUAUCUUUUAAAUCUGUUUACUAUUAACCGGAAAUUUUAAGACUAUGACGACCUAGCCUCAAAAAAACCAGCAAAUCAGAAAAAAAGCCACAAAAAAAACCUGGCACAACUAUAAAUAAACAACAUUCAUUAUAUAAAUAGUUUAAAAGGAAUUCCAAAAACUUCCGAAGGGAGAUAAGUUUGAUAGGUGGGUUAAUAAAUUGUAUAAAUUCAGCACAUCAUCCCCUAUACCUAAAUACCAAGCAACCAAACAAAAAUUUUUUUAAUAAAAAGAAAAAACUUCUGAAGGAAUAAAACAAUGCCACCCAAUCCUCCAGAAGAGUUUUCGCCUGUUAACGUUACUAGCUCGUAUGCAGAAGAUAUAGCGGAGGCACAAAUUUAUUCAACACCAAAACUUACAUCAAAAAGGAGAACAACUAAUCCUUAUAACUCAUCUUCCUUUCAAACUUCUAAUCUUAAUAAUAUGAGCACCACAAUAACAGCAACAACAAUAAACGGAAUUGUUGCGGAUAGUCCUCGAAUAGAUAUGGAGUUUGUAACUAAUGGGUAUAGUAGUAGUCAGCAAGCAAAACAACAGGGACCAACACGGAAGAGAUCGUUUUCAAAACCAUCAGAAGGUCAUACAACAUUAUCCUCAACGGUACCAAAUAUACAUAUGUUUAAAAAUGGGUUGCAGAAUUUAGACUUUGUAACGCAGCAUAAUUAUGAAAGUCUUAUAGGAAAAUUACGUCAACAUGAAGAAGAAAAAGUUAAUCCUCUUAAUUUUAGGGAUCCAGGGAUUUCACGUGAAAAAUCAAAAAUUAAAACAAAAUUUUCGCCUUUAAACCUUACAAAAAUUAAAUUUAAUAUAUUUAAUACAUUUAAUACAUUAAAUUACGACACGCUAAAAUUUUUAGUAUAUUGUUUGUGUUGGUAUGCGUCUUCAGCCAUAACUAAUAACACUGGCAAACAAUUAUUAAAUCAGUUUAAUUAUCCGGUUACUCUUACGUGGAUACAAUUUGGAUUUGUUGGAAUUUAUUGUUAUUCUUUUGGACAAGGAAUGGGUUUAACUAAAAUUCGAAGUCCAUCCAUUGAUAUUAUACGCAGAACUUUACCGUUAUGUUUAUUUCAAAUAGGGAGUCAUGUUUUUUCGAGUAUUGCUACAUCUCAAGUUCCAGUUAGUUUUGUUCACACAAUAAAGGCGUUAUCACCAUUAUUUACAGUGUUUUUUUAUAGAUUUGGGUUUGGAGUAAAUUAUUCUUAUCCGGUAUAUGUGUCAUUAAUACCACUCACAAUUGGAGUUAUGCUCGCGUGUUCGUCCUCAGCAGCAUCAAGUUUUAUUGGAUUCUUAUUUGCACUAAUUUCUACCGUAAUUUUUGUUGCCCAAAAUAUUUUUUCAAAAAAAAUUCUCUUUAAUGAGAAACAUUCUGGGUAUGAGACACAUAAGUUGGAUAAAUUGAAUGUUUCAUUUUAUUCAAGUUUAUUAGCAUUUAGUAUAAUGACUCCAAUGUGGCUAUAUUAUGAUGGUUUUCAUUUACUAUUAGAAUAUUUUACAUCAUCAUCAACCGAUACUAAUGCUGCAAGUGGAUGGACGAUACUAUUUUAUUUUUGGCUAAAUGGCACAACGCAUUUUACGCAAGUCAUUUUAGCAUUAUCAAUCUUAUCGAUGACAUCACCUGUAACUUAUUCGAUCGCAUCAUUAGUGAAAAGAAUUUUUGUUAUAACUGCCAGUAUAUUGUGGUUUGGACAAAAAACCACUUUUAUACAAGGUGUUGGUAUAACAUUAACUUUUGUUGGUCUUUAUAUGUAUAAUGAAGCUAAAUUAGAUGUAGACAGAAAAGAAAGAAAAGCAAGGGAAAGAGAUGAGAUUGUCUUACCUCUAACAAAUCUGAAAGUCAAUUAGAUUUAUCAGAAAAAAAUAUAAUGUUACAUUUAGUACUUUAUAAUAAUUAAUAAUAAUGUAAUUGUUUGUAAAACUAUAUAAAAAGAAUAUGUUUAUUAAUUACAAAUU